CCAGGAGUUCCAAGUGAAAGUUUGUCCCCUUGAUUUAAGUUCGUACGAGGCGAUUUCAGCAAAACUACACAACCUGUUGUUCGUGUAUAUAUAUAUGUAUAAUGAAUUAUUUAAAAAAGCAAGUGCUGCAAUUCCAUUCGAAUCGCAAAGUACAACAAAAGUAUUAUAAAGAUUGCUGAAUAAUUCUUGAAGUAUAGAUAAUUUAGUUUCUUUAUUAAGAAGAUCUAGAAGUGAUUCUAGAAAUUGUUGGAAUAUCGUCACUCGGGUAAGUAUAAAUUGUAGAUAAAUAUCUCAUGAAAUUCCAGUAGCCAUAACGUGACUCCUUGACCUAUUGAGUCUACGGGUCACGAAAUCUAGUGUGCUACCCCCUCGAUUUUGAAUGGAAAAUCAAUUCCGCCCGAUGCAUGUAACUGUCACCGAAUAAUCUAAGAAGAUGUGGAAAUGGCGCAAGACAUGAAAAAAAAGAUGAAGGAUAAGAGCCAGUAGAUUCCUGGUAUAUAAGCAAAUCGUUAUUUAUACAAGACGUGCAAAACGAGAUUGCAAGAAGAUAUUUUCAAGACACGCGAUGUCGCAGAGCUGCCUGACGCCUCUUCUUCUUCAGUCUUCCUUUGGCAUUCAACGUCGCUGAACACGGAGCGUUAAAAUUUAGCCACUUCAUCCGUUCAGGAUAAUUGCAUUUAGAAUUGCCGCUCUUUCUGGAACUUUAAAAAUGUCUGCGAUGAUUUCACCAGAAGUGAUCGCCAAUGGAGUUGUCAGGAACGUUAUGGAAUUUGAAAAUAUGGAAACGCAUAUUUACCCUGUCAAGGCUACUCGUAAAGCCAGUCUUUUUACCAUUUACGCCAAAGUAUUUCGUGUUAUGAUAUCUGCUCUGAUACAGCCUGUACAUGACCCCGAGGAGGAGGAAUUUAACAAAGAACUUGACGAACUUAUUCUUCCGAGUAACGACGAAUGGCGGCAUCAGGUUUAUUAUCGGCUUGUUGAUCUGCAACGAGAGAUAGAUGCCGAAGCUAGCGACAGAGACAGCGACCAAUUGACACAUUACACUAAUAGCGAUGUUCAACUAGUAGGUUAUCAUAUGAUGAGGAUGAAAGCAAAUUCUGAAAAAGAAGCUAAGGAUCCAAAGGAAUGGGAAUGGGAACCAGGUGGAUCAUUGUAUCCAUUAAUACCAAAAGGAGGUAGAAUUGGAAAUUCAGCGUCAUCCUUAGCAGCCAUUAUGGACGUAUCCGGUUCAAUGACUGAAGCUUGUAUAGAACCAGGUUGGCGAGUAGAGGAUUUGCUAUUAGCUGCAAAAGUCCUGCAGAAGGAGGAGUCACCAAUUUAUUCGGACGAAGCCGAAAUGCGACGUGUAUUUGGUCUGGUUUACGAUGUUUUGAGAUAUAAAAAGAUCCUAAACCACGCACUGGAUGAUGUAGCUUUCUGGUAUUACCAUCCGAAAUUCAAAUCUCGUGAGAGAAUUGUUUGGCUGCUUCUGUACGAUAUGCAGGGACGUAAAUUUGCAAGGCGCGGUGACAUUGCAGAAGUUGAAGCACGUGAAAAAGCUUUCGAGGCUGCCAACCUUAAGGAGAUCGAAGAUACCUUGUUGAAUGCCAAGAUACGACUUGCUGCUAGUGUUUCCAGAUUGCGAAUAGAAGGAUCCGCUUUGACGCUAGGAGAGCUUCUUCCGUUACAUCUUCGAAACGCUGAGGGUGUCGUUUGGGGCGAAGAGGGUGCUCUCGCUUCCGGUUGGAUAAACAGUAUGAAGAUUUCCAGUAAAAAAGAAUUUAUUCACGAGAUGUCCAAGAUAGGACUGCGACUUUGUGUAGACUGUACAACGGCUGAUCUAGAGGAAGACAGUUACGCCUUUGAUCCACUAUGUCCCAAAGUGGUGAAUCUUCAUGACAAGGCGCGUGAAAAAUUGGCUAAAUUCGAUCUCGUCCGUAAUCAUUGUUUUAUAUUUCUGGAAAGAUCACUGUGCUUGGGUGCUGCCGCUCUAGCGCAGGCAGUCAGAAUAGGAAAGCUUUGUGGUCCAGUUGUGCUAACACAUUCCAUAGCACCACGUCACGCAGGAUACUUGGCAAGUUUAUUGGCAGACAUCGAUGAUGCUGGAAGACUCCUGGUUUUUGGCACAGGAGAAUUACGCUGUCAGUAUGAGUUAUAUCUUCGAGACAUUGGCGUGACUCUUCAACAAUGUCGAGUAUUUUCGGAAAAAUACGUCAAUCCUCCACCUUGUGCCGAACUGGAAAGAGCUACGAUUAUUUUAGCGACACCACCCUGCAGCUACACCGGGAUAAGGGAUGCUGUUGAUCUAGCUGUAGCAAGAGGGGGCGAUACUACCCUUCUGGAAACAUUGACUAAUAUGGAUAACGAAUCUAAACAGCCGCAGGUUCUUCUUAGUGAACAAUUGUCGACUUUAAAAUACGCUUUGACUAGACCGAAUGUUCAAUUAUUGAUCUAUGAGACGCAUAGUAUUCUGCCUGCAGAAACGACAGAGGUGGUGGAACAGGUUUUGAAUUAUGCGAAUAAAAUGGCAGCGGAAAAGUUUGCUCGUGAAUAUCGGGUAAAGAAAAAGGCAGUGAGUAAAGAGGCAGCUGGAAAAAUGUCGAAGCCCAGCAAAUCUGUAAAACGUAGACAAACUCAGGAACAAUCGAAAUUGGAUGAUCGUAAAUCAAAUUACGAAGACGAGGAGGAACUCUCCAUCGUACCAUCCGUGGAGAUAAAGGUCCCUGACAGUGAUCUAUUUGAGCAUGCCGAUAUUAACGAAAUUUGUGGCAACAAGUCCUCAAAUCUCGUAGACAAAGGAUGUUACCUGGCACUGAUAAGACGCAAGGAAAUGAUGCAAUUCAAUUCACUCUUUAUGAUUAAAGUAGCCGAAACAAAAGGUCUCUUUGGGGAUCCAAAUAAACAGCAACAACCAAAGGAAGAGCCUCUGUCACCUAUUCGUCAAGCGUCUCAGACAAGUCGGAAAGAUUUCAAACGCGCCAAGUUUCAAGUCGACCGAAUAGCAGCACCCACUCAUUCAUCCAUGGUGCGAGCCGUAAAAGAAAAGCAAUUGUGUCCUCGUCACAAUCAACGCAUAGCUCAGGGCGAGAAGAGAAUUAACGCCCAGGCCGAUAAUUCUGAGGUAGAUCUUAGCCCGCCAUCUUUGUCAGCCCAGCAGCUCUUCAAAGAUUCCUUUAAAUUGUUGUCGGGGAUCAGUCAAGACUUACAGGAUGUUCCAGUGGGUCGUGGGGGUCGAUUAAAGUCACAGCAGGCACAGGAAGAGAAUAUUCGUCGUUUGAGCACACCGACGCAUUCCAGUAUGAACAAAAUGGUGAAUCGUAAGAAUACCGAGAUGCAUUUUUCAAGGGUUGACAUAAAGGACUCAACUUUUCAGACUGCAUUGAAAUUGAAGGAAAAUGUCAGUGGGUUUUAUGAUGAGAAGCAGGACAGAUCAAUACAACCUUUAUUGCCUAAAAGCAUUCAAAACGCGACCGUUCAGAAAAGAAUGACGUCAUCUGAGAAGACUGUUGAUACAAAUUCGAAAAAUGAAUCCAGCUACGAUAAAAAAAUAAAAAAUAGUGAAGAAAAAUUAUUCACAAGUAGUGUAACAAGUGUUAUAAGCAAAUCGUCGAUUAUUCGUGCUACUCAAAGUAUGGCUGUUGAUAAUAUUCUCCAUGAAUUUGGAAAAGAGAAUCUCUUGGAACUUCCAUAUUCUCAUGUGGGAACAAGAAAGAUAUCGCGAUUGCAUCAUCCAGGUGGACCGACAAGAUUCAGCCGUAUGUUAUUGGGAAAAAGCCAGGACUUUGGAUUUAAAUGAGUGAAAUUUCACGGACAACGACAGAUGUAUUCAAUGGAAUAGCGCUAUAUCCCCACUGCUCCCAGUCCGCGUGUAUCAACGGGCAACGAGAGAAGCUGCAACGACAGAGUUUGCAUUAUAUGAAAUAA